AUGAUUGCCGUGUUCAAAGUCACGCUCGAUCCAUCAUUUGUUCGGUGCGCUUCCGAUGAGAACAGGGCGGCCCGCUGCAGGGGAACAGGGCAAACAAAAAUGGGUUGA